GGAUUAUUUAGUUGCUUCUCAGGAGUGCUGAGUUCUUCAAGGGCUAUUCUUUCAGUGACCGGUUGGGAAGCAAUGUCCCAUGUCUAAAGCCCACACGCAGGCAUAUGAUUAUAACAGCAACUAUGAAGAUUUUGGUGGCCGUAAAGCGAGUUAUCGAUUACGCCGUGAAGAUCAGAGUCAAACCUGAUAAGAGCGGAGUGGAGACCCAGAAUGUUAAGAUGUCAAUGAAUCCAUUUUGCGAGAUAGCUUUGGAAGAGGCGCUUCGAAUCAAGGAGGCGCGAUUGGCAUCUGAGGUUGUCGCAGUGAGCAUGGGCUCCGCGCAGUGCGUUGAUACGCUGCGGACGGGUCUAGCCAUGGGAGCGGAUAGAGGGAUUCAUGUGGAAUCUACUAGUGCUUUGUAUCCGCUUACUGUGGCUAAGCUUUUGAAGGCUCUUGUGGAGGUCGAGAAACCCGGGCUGAUUAUUAUGGGAAAGCAGGCCAUUGAUGAUGAUUGCAAUCAAACAGGGCAAAUGGUUGCGGGGUUGCUUGGUUGGCCUCAAGGGACAUUUGCUUCAAAGGUUUUACUUGACAAGGAGAAACAAGUAGCAACAGUAGAAAGAGAAGUGGAUGGCGGUCUUGAGACUUUGUGUUUAGACUUGCCUGCAGUAAUCACCACUGAUCUGAGACUGAAUCAACCAAGGUAUGCAACGCUGCCAAACAUCAUGAAAGCAAAAUCGAAGGUCAUCAAAAAAUACACGCCGGAGGAGUUAAAAGUGGAAAUUAAAUCCGAUCUAGAGAUCGUUGAAGUUACAGAUCCACCCAAGAGAAAAGCUGGGGUUAUUGUUUCUUCUGUGGAUGAAUUGAUUGACAAGCUUAGAAAUGAAGCUCGUGUCAUUUGAUUGUUCAAUAAUAUGGCUAAUUUAUCGAUGAAAUCCUCUCUGCUAAUUAUUUGAGGGUUAUGAACAGUGGAUAGCUAAGCUCCGAAUGCUAACUUCACAAAUUGAAUAAAUUCAAAUCAGUUGAAUGAAUUAUGUAUGUUCGCAAA